CGAGACGCCUCAGCUUAUGUGGAGCCAGCUCCUGCUAGUCAUCGAACGGCGCUUCAGUUUGUAUCGCUUGCCAGCUCUAUCGUCGUCAUGCAGUACGAAUCUGGCUAUAACAACAAUCCAGCUGCCUACGGACAGGCGUACGACCCGGCAAAGUACGCGCAGACUCCGUAUGGACAGGCUCCAUACAAACAGGAUCCAUACGGCCAGGUCGACAACAUGCAAGAGGGUUCCGCCGAUCAUGCGCCAGCCCACACCGGACCUGUGGAGGCCCAGCCAUCAUGGGACAGCUUGUGGCCGAUCGCGAUGGGGCUGUGCACCGCCAUGUUGCUUCUGAUCGGCAUUUCAGUGAUCGUACUGGUAUUGCAGGAGAACUCCGAACGCGCUCCCUCCAAACCGGAAGAGGUCGACUUCCCGGAGCUCAGCGGUGGUUCUUCUGACAGUUCUCCGCCUGAUUCAGUGCCUAUUCCCAUACCUGUUGUGACUAAGACGCCCCCCGCUGUGCCAACCGUGGACUCCGCAGUGCCAGCUAUGGGCUCCACAGCGCCCACAGCGCCCCCUGCCGACUCCCCCACAGUGCCCACGGUUCGUCCCGCGGCGCCCACGAUACGACCUACAGCAUACACAGAGGCCCCUGAUACGACCACGGACACCCCUUAUACGACCACGGAGGACCUCCCUGAUACAACCAUGGAGUCCCCUGACACACCGCCCAUAUCCGAAAAAGCAAUCAACAAGCAGCCCGUGUUGUGUACCAUGGGCGAUAGGCUUAUCAUGAUUCCGGUGUUCCCGCCGGACGCGCUGUGCGACUUCCUCUUCUUCGACUCGCUGUACAAGGGAGGCCACAACCUGCUACCCGACACGGCGACCUACAGCACCAGCCUCUACACUUUCCUCUUCGACCACCGCUAUUACCGACGUACAACCCUUGGCGUUGGGUUCGCAUUCGACCAUUUGGCGACGGCGGAGGACGCUCUGAAGGUUAUGAACCCCAGUCCACUUGCACUCUUCUGGGAACACGGCAUUUUCCACGUCGGCAUCCUCGACACACCCGCGACGGCUGUUCGAAACAAGACGAAAGCGGCCAUCGCCACACUUAAGGCGAUGGACCGGCUGCUUGACACUCAGAGAGCGCGGGGCAACUUUUCAAUCACGGCGCUGGCUAUGCCGCAACCGGAUCUGGGAUGGAGUUUGGCCUUCGCCGCGGAUUGCAGUGACCUCGGUUUCACCCCGUACCUGAUCAUCGCGUUCGGUCACUACCGGUUCGGCGACAACACGGUCCCGCACUGCGCGGUCAUGCCCCCAACGCGUCACCCGGACGACACCCCUCCGGAUGACAUCGCCCGGGACUACAACUUCGACCUGUCGACCGCCGUGUCCAGCCUUCGCGAGCUCUUCACCGUGGGCGCGCCCACUAGAGGCCUCGUGUCAGUGACCAUGAAGGGGCGUUGGACAGAGCCUCUGCUCCCGAAUUCAGUCGACUUCUUUGCGCGUUGUUCAUCUGACCCAAACAUCGAGUCGUUCGGCAGCUACACUCAGGUAUGUCCCGGUGGUCCUUCUGGUGUCGAGGCUCGGUUAAAUUAUUCCGAAAAGCACUACGCCGUUAUUACCUACAUCGAGAGCAUGAAGCGCACCUUCGUCUACGACAACGAGAAGGCAUUUGCUGCCAAGUUGUGCCACGUGAAGAGCACAGACCCCAACGUGACGUUUGGCAUCGCCGUCUACGACAUAGACUACGACGACUAUCAUAAUAUGUGUACGUCCCUGAACAGAUACCACCGCAACAGCCGAUUAAGGGCGGUGAAGAUGGUGGUGGAUUCCUUCCGGCGGCAGAACGGAGUUUUUAAAGAGGAUGACUGCGUAAGAUAUGCGGCGCCAUAAGAGCGCCGCCUGCUGCCCUGGUCCUCGACACAGGGCCGAUUUCUCGUGGAAUGCGGUGAAAUAUAGUAUAGUUCUGGUCA